CCAAUAAUGAAACCAGGCUCAAGGAAUUUAUGUCUGGCUUUGACAUAAUUGCCCCCGUCACAUAUUACUAUGACAACUCUCCAUACGCUGACGAAAUCACCAAGAAAAUAAAGGAAAAAUAUCUGAAAGAUGAUAGCUUUGAAACUUUGAAAUGGGGAAUUCUGCAGAUGUACACGGAUUCCUAUUUUGCGUACCCGGCUUUGGAAGCGGUGGAGCAAACUCUUAGUUACAGCAAAUCACCGAUAUAUCUUUAUGAACUAGCUUACAGGGCCACCAACAGCUUCUCCGAAAUAUUUGGAGAUCUCGAAGGAGAUUAUGGUGUUUGUCAUGCAGACGAUUUGAUGCACCUUUUCCCUAUACAUUUCUUGUCUAAACAAAUGUCGCCUAAUGACAUUGAAAUGGGUAAACUAAUUAGGAAUAUGUUCACCAACUUUGCUACUAGUGGAAAUCCAAACAAGCCGGUGAGUAUUCCCGCCAAAUGGGAACCAGCUACAAGUGGAAGCAAGAUGGAGUACUUGGAGAUUGGAAGCGAGCAGACCAUGAGACUUAACCUAGCGUCGCGCUCAAAGUUCUGGGACAACCUGCCACUAUGGCAUAAUCUACGUAGCCGCAAAUUCAUAGACGAGCUAUGAUUUUCAUUAAUAUUCUAUUAGAAUUUAAUUCACGUUGACAAGUGAAGGAACCUCCAUAUUAGUAUAAUGUAAUCUGUAAAUACUUAAGUUUAUGUAGAAGUGGUAAGUAAUAUGUAGAAUUUAAUAGCUUAUGAUUGAGCAACUUAUUAAGUACAUAUUUUAAAUAUUUUAAUAUUCGUGCUAGUAGGUCUACUAAAACCACCCAAAUGCAUUAUUCAUUUAUUUUU